AUGUUCAAGACAACUUGGAUGCACCCAAGAUCAAAAACAUGGCAUAUCCUAGACUAUGCUAUUGUUAGGCGCAAAGACCUGCGUGGUUGUGAUUACCAGAGCCAUGAGGGGGCUGAUGGAUGGACUGACCAUCGCCUUGUCCGAACUACCAUGAAGCUCUGUAUACGUCCUCCUGCACGGCGCCAACCACCGCUUUCCAGGUUAAAUCUCAACUCCCUAAACGACCCAGUUAAAAGAAACUCUUUUCAAGAAAUUGUAGGAACACGUCUAUCAGAUCCCAAUCAACCUGUCUUUCCUCCAACACAAGAAGGUCUGAACCAGAAUUGGGACCAUAGGAAGCAUAGAGACUGGUUCGACGAGCAAGCACCAGAUAUUCACAACCUACUAGAAGAAAAAAACAAAGCUCACCAAGCAGCUAUUAACAACCCAAAUGCUACAACAAGCGCAACCUUUGCAGAAGCUAGGUCCAAAGUUCAGCAUAUGACAAGAUCAAUGCAAAAUGAGUGGUGGUUAAAAUUAGCAGGGGAAAUUCAAGGAUUUGCUGAUAUAGGGAACCAGCAAGAAUUCUAUAGUGCCAUAAAAAGAGCAUAUGGCCCACAGAGAACUGCAACUUGCCCCGUUAGAAGUGCAGACGGGUCCAAACUCAUCACUGAUAAAAAAGAAAUACUGGACCGCUGGGCCGAGCACUACCAACACCUUCUAAACAGAAGCAACCCCUCUGACCCCACUGUCUUUGAAAAUCUUCCUGAAUUUCCCACAAUCCCAGAAUUGGAUAACAUGCCCACACGCCAAGAAGUGCAUAUGGCAAUAAUCAGCCUAAAAAACAACAAGGCUGCUGGUCCUGAUGGCAUACCUGCUGAAAUCCUGAAGCAUGGAGGAAAUGCCAUCCUAGACUCUCUGCAUGACAUCUUCCAGAAAGUCUGGGCCUCCAGUUGCUGUCCACAAAAAUGGAAAGAUGCAGACAUCGUGAGCAUCUUCAAAAAGAAAGGAGACAGGGCUGUGUGCGGAAAUAGCAGAGGCAUCUCCCUUCUUGCGACCUCGGGUAAGGUGCUUACCAGGAUACUCCUCUCCAGGCUUCUUGCCCAUAUCACUGAGGGAGUCCUGCCGGAAUCGCAGAGUGGCUUCAGAAAAGAACUAGUACUUAAAUCAUUCCAUGAUGGUUCAAAGGCUAGAGUGACAAGUGGUGGCUCUAAGUCAGAUCCUUUCUUUGUGGGUACUGGCGUAAAACAGGGAUGUGUCAUUGCGCCCAUCAUAUUCAAUCUUUUUGUGGCAGCAGUCAUGACAAUUGCCAAGCAGAACAUAAAUCCUGCAGACGGUGUUCAAAUAUCUUACCGGCUAGAUGGCAACCUGUUUAACCUACGGCGAUUACAAGCCAAAACACUUGUCACUGUGGAAGCAAUUCACGAACUGCAGUAUGCAGAUGACACAGCCUUCGUCAGCUCUUCCCCGGAUGGGCUCCAACGUACAAUUAAUGCUGUAGCUGAAGCAUACUCGCGCUCAGGUUUAGCCAUCAACACUGGUAAAACUGAAGUCCUCAAUAUGUGUCAACCUCCUAUCCCUGCACUCCUUAUCAACCAACAACCUCUAAAAAAUGUAGGAGUUCACCUACUUGGGAUCUGUAUUAAGUAA